ACCAGAAAAUGCUUUGCCACCACUCAUACAUAUGACCUAAAAGAAACAGUGCCCCGAAAAGGAAUGAAGACACUGGUUCUGCAAUCUCAGUUCCUUCCAAGAAACACCGAGCUCUCCAACCCAAGAUCUAAUGUCACCACUGUCAUCCCCUCAAGAAUUAUCACAUCAUGCAGUAAGCACCACCCUCCACCACCUCCUUCUUCAUCAGAAUCAGCAUCAGCAUCUUCCGGAUGCAAUUCCAUUGCAAGACCCACAAAAGCCAUACAGAAGUCCCAUAAUCAGCACUCUCAUCAUGUUUCACUAGAUGGGGGUUCAAGAAAGGUGGUUUUAGGUGCUGUUUCACUUGGGAUUGUGCUAUUCCUUAUGGAAUUUGAAGACCACCGCAACAAGGCUUUGGCCUUCGGUCCAGAAGGGCCACUUGCAGAGGAGUUCUGGGACAAUGUCAGGAGAUAUGCACUCCAUGCCCUCACAGUGAGUACAGGCGCUAUUUACACCAUAUUUCAGCCCAUCCUGGAGCUGCUCAAGAACCCGAUUUCUGCGAUCCUGAUCCUGAUGAUCUUAGGAGGUAGCAUCUUCAUUGUGUACCAGGUGGUGGCUACCAUGGUUGGGGUUAACGAAUUCUCUUAUGAUUAUGCAUCUUAAUUGAUCCAAAGUCUCAAUUUCUCCUGAAGAUAGAUUCUCUCGUGUCUUUUCAUGUUGCUCUCUGCUUUUAUUCCUUCGAUACAUGAACCAUAGUUCUUGGCACAGUAGAACAUUACCAAAGUCUUGUUCAGAAUACAUGAUGAUAUUAAUUGCUGAUUGAUCUUGCCUAUCUCUUGCAUAA